GCCUAACACACAUAGCUAUAACCCAUCGAUCGAUUACUAGGAACUUCAGUUAGUGAACAUAGUAUUUGGAUGGCGUCGAUGUCGAUGAACUCGUCGAGGCCGCAGUGGACGGCGAAGCAGAACAAGCAGUUCGAGCAGGCGCUGGCGGUGUACGACAAGGAGACGCCGGACAGGUGGCACAACAUCGCGCGCGCCGUGGGUGGCAAGUCUGCCGACGAGGCCAGGCGCUACUACGAGCUGCUCGUGGAGGAUGUCAAGCGCAUCGAGGCAGGCAGGGUGCCGUUCCCGGCGUACAGGUACCCUGGUGGCGCCAUGGGCGGGUACGAGGCCGACAGGCUGAAGCACCUGAAGAUCUAGGCGGCAUACAUGAAUGACUACGAAGCAGCGCUAUGCAAGUCGGCCUGUCCGCCGUCAUGCGCGCGUCUGCCAAGUGCCGACAAGCAAGUGACCAGGAGCAUGCAUCGAUCGUCAUCCGAUCAUGCGUGCAUGUAGAUAAGCAGGAAUAGUUACUAAUUUGUACUUACAUCAAUCUAUCUCUGUACUGUCCGUCCCAUAUAUGAACAAAGAAAGGUAAUCCAUAUAUGUAUAUAAUUGGUAUCC